UGAAGAGCUAUAAUGAUGGGGGAGGCUGCAAAGCCUUGUUUUGCCAAGCGCAAUAAGGAACGGGGAAUUGUAAAUGAAGAGGACUUCCAGAAGUGUGCUUUACGUCAUGAUUACCAAGCAAUGGAUGAUUAUGGAAAUGGAAGCAACAACAGGAUGGACAUGGGAACUGAGAAAAGGAAGGGAGCACUGGGUCACUAUGGAACAGGUCCCAGGAAGGGAGCACAUGGUGCUUUGAGUAGCCCAAAUUCUUUUAAAAAUACUGUUCACAAUCAGGGGAUGAGGGUAAAUGAUGCUCAAAAAGACCAAAUUAGAAAGUGGGUAUCUGACAACCAUCGUACCAAUUUAGAUAGUUGGAGAGAAUAUAAAUCUGCAGUACGGAUUCCUGUGGUUAUCAGACAGAGGAAGAAUUCUGUUCAUGACUACGAGGACCUGGGAAGCAGAAAUGUACGGCGGCAGCUUCAAAAAGAUGUUACAAAUGAAGAAGUGUCAGAUAAGAAAGGAAAUUCUGAAAUGAAGAAACAUAGGAAGCCAAGAAGAUCAAGAAGGAUGAGAAAAGAAGAGAAUGAUCAAGAUGAUGAUAUGGAUGGACCAGUUAUAGAUGAGUCUACACUGACAGCAAAAGAAUUGCUAGGGUUGCAGCAAGCUGAAGAACGACUGAAGCGAGACUUUAUAUACAGAUUGAGAAAGCGCCCUCGAAGCUACCCAACAGCCAAAUAUACUUGUAGAUUAUGUGAUACUUUGAUGGAGUCUGUGGCAUUUGCUCAUAAGCAUAUAAAAGAAAAAAGACACAAGAAAAACAUAAAGGAAAAGGAAGAAGAACAGCUACUGACAGCCCUCCCUCCACCAACACCUUUGCAGAUCGAAGCUGUUGGUGUUGCCAUUGAAAAAGUAGUGCAAGAGUUUGGGUUGAAUAGUGAAGACUUGGAACAAAGGCUCAGAAUUAAAACAGCAAUGGAAGAUGUAUUGCAUCAGAAACUGCCAGAUUGUUCUCUAAGACUGUAUGGCUCUUCCUGUAGCAGAUUUGGUUUCAAAAAUUCUGAUGUAAAUCUUGAUACCCAGUUUCCAGCCAGUAUGUCCCAACCAGAUGUUCUUUUACUUGUACAAGAAAGCCUGAAAAACAGUGAAUCCUUUAUUGAUGUUGAUGCAGAUUUCCAUGCUAGAGUGCCUGUGGUGGUGUGCAAAGAAAAAGAAAGUGGCCUUGUUUGCAGAGUAAGCGCAGGGAAUGAAAAUGCAUGUCUGACAACAAAUCACUUGGCUGCUCUAGGGAAACUAGAGCCUCAUCUGGUGUCCCUUGUUAUUGCCUUCAGGUACUGGGCAAAGCUGUGUUGUGCAGAUCGUCCUGAAGAAGGCGGCUUACCACCUUAUGUGUUUGCUUUAAUGGUCAUUUUCUUUCUGCAACAGAGGAGAGAACCCUUUCUGCCUGUUUAUUUAGGAUCAUGGAUUGGAGGAUUUUCAUUAGCCAAAUUAGUGAACUUUAAUCUGAAGGAAGUUGAAAAUGACAUUGUGGUGUGGGAGCACAGUCCUGCUGUCGAUGAACCCAGUUCUUCAAAGGAAUCUUCUCCCAAGAGUGGCAAGGUUCCUUUAGUGUUUGAGUCUGACCAUCAGUGUUCAGUCCCAGUGGGGCAGCUCUGGGUUGAACUGCUUCGUUUCUAUGCCCUGGAGUUUAAUUUGGCAGAUUUGGUCAUCAGCAUCCGCCUCAAAGAAAAAGUCUCUCGUGAAUCUAAGGACUGGCCUAAAAAACGGAUUGCCGUGGAAGAUCCUUACUCUGUGAAGAGGAACGUGGCAAGGACUCUUAAUAGUCAACUAGUGUAUGAGUAUAUCCUUCACUGUUUACGGGCAACUUACAAGUAUUUUGCUUUGCCCCACAAGCAGAGUACAAAAAACAAUGAAAAGGAACCUCCUGAAUCCUCCAUAGUGCAAGAGCCUGAAAAAAAUUCCUUGAAACAUAGCAUCUCUGGCAUGCAAGAUGCACAUAAUGAAGCAGGAGAAUUGGUCAUGGGCAGCUGUGCAACUGUUAUCAAUGAACGUUCACAUGUUCCUCAGGCACAUGUGUUUGAUCUUUCUCAGGCAUUUGGCACUGAAAGCCUUGUAGAAGAGCAGUUGGCAGAUGACAUAGAACACUUAGGAGUAGCUCAAGGAGACUCAGACUGCAUAAUUGAAGAAAUUAUUUCUGGUGACAAUGAGGAAUUUAAACCAAGCUGUGAAGACACUGAAAGUGGAAAUGAAGAGGAAGUGGAGGAAGGAAACCAACGUGUUAGAGAGUGGCAGACACAUUUGGGCGUUAACCAAGGUUUGGAUGAAGAUAGUGAAAGUGGCGAUCUUGCAGUUCCGACUAGUGAGCGUGAUAUUGAAACGGACAGCAUUUCUGAUGUAGAAAAUUUUCAAAACACUGUGGUUGCUGUUGAUGAAUUUAAUUUAGAAUGUAGUGGGGUACUUAAUGAAAAGGUCGACGUUGAUGAAGGAAGCACGGAAGGUACUGAUGAACUAGAAGAUUCUCUGAUCAAAUUGGAACCACCCACUCAGGAAUUAAGAUAUGAAAUAGAUAACUCAGAGGAAGAGGAAGAAGAACAGGUCAUAAAUCAGGAGCAACAUGGCAACAUUACUAAUACUGAGGAUGAGCUGGACAAUAUUUACACUGGAUCUGGUGAUGAAGAAGCUCUUUCUGAAGAGGAAGAAUUGUUCAUAUCUGUUAAAUAUAAAGACACCGAGCCCAGAAAUAAUGUAGAUGAGCUUCCAAAUACAUCUUCAGUCACAGAAGAUGUUGUUGAGAAAGAGGCUUAUGAAAGCAGCUUACCUAUAGACCAGUAUAGUGCAUCUGAAUUCUUCUAUGAAUUUAAUAAAGCUGCUUUCACAAAAGGCAAGUCUCCUACAGUUGUAUGCAGCUUAUGCAAACGAGAGGGCCAUUUAAAGAGGGACUGUCCAGAAGACUUCAAAAAAAUUGAACUAGAUCCUUUGCCACCAUUAACGCCCAGGUUUUCUGCUAUUUUAGAUCAAGUGUGUAUCCAGUGCUACAAGGAUUUUGCUCCAAAUAAUAUAGAAGAUCAGGCACGUGAACAUAUAAGACAAAAUCUUGAAAGUUUCAUCCAACAAGAAUUUCCAGGCACCAAAUUAAGCUUAUUUGGAUCUUCAAAGAAUGGAUUUGGCUUCAAGCAAAGUGAUCUUGAUAUCUGUAUGACAAUUGAUGGUCUAGAGAGUGCUGAGGGACUUGAUUGUAUAAGAAUUAUUGAAGAACUUGCAAGAGUGCUUAAAAAACAUUCAGGUCUAAGAAAUAUCUUGCCCAUAACAACUGCUAAAGUGCCAAUUGUCAAGUUUUUCCAUGUCCGAAGUGGUCUUGAAGUAGACAUCAGCUUGUAUAAUACAUUGGCCCUGCAUAAUACGAGACUCUUAUCCUCUUAUGCAGCUAUUGAUCCCAGAGUAAAAUAUCUCUGUUAUACAAUGAAAGUCUUUACAAAGAUGUGUGACAUUGGUGAUGCAUCCAGGGGCAGCCUGUCCUCCUAUGCGUAUACACUUAUGGUGCUUUAUUUCCUUCAGCAGAGAAACCCACCUGUCAUUCCUGUUCUUCAAGAGAUUUAUGAAGAGCAAAAGAAGCCUGAGAUUUUAGUUGAUGGCUGGAAUGUCUAUUUCUUUGACAUAAUAGAUGAACUGCCAGCAUUUUGGCCAGACUUUGGUAAAAACAAUGAAUCCAUUGGAGAGUUAUGGCUGGGACUUUUACGUUUUUAUACUGAAGAAUUUGAUUUUAAAGAGCAUGUUAUCUGCAUCAGGAGAAAAAAUUUGCUUACAACGUUCAAGAAACAGUGGACUUCAAAAUACAUUGUUAUUGAAGAUCCUUUUGAUUUGAAUCAUAAUCUUGGAGCUGGAUUAUCAAGAAAAAUGACAAACUUUAUAAUGAAGGCUUUUAUAAAUGGCAGGCGGGUAUUUGGUAUCCCAGUAAGAGGAUUUCCUAAAGAAUACCCUUCCAAAAUGGAAUAUUUUUUUGACCCAGAAGUUUUGACAGAAGGAGAAUUGGCUCCGAAUGAUAGAUGUUGCCGAAUUUGUGGUAAAAUAGGACAUUUCAUGAAAGACUGUCCUAUCCGGAGAAAGCUGAGAAGACGGCAUGACAGUGAAGAUCCCAAAAACCAAAGAUAUAUAGAAAACAAAGAAAAAAGAAGUAAAGAGGACAAAGAGACCCCAGUUAAAACUACAGAACGAGAAGUUUUACUGAACGAUGGGAAAUUACAGAUAUGUACUCAUAAAAGCAAAUUGGGCAAGGGAACAAUGGAAAUAGGAAAAGAGAAGACUACUAAGCAGCCAGUGGAGAAAUGGAAGCGACAAGAAGACAGGGAUUUAAGAGAGAAACGCUGUUUUAUUUGUGGAAGGGAAGGCCACAUUAAAAAAGAGUGCCCACAGCACAAAGGAGCAACAGGUAUGAAAUCUAUAUGCAGUGUUCUGAAGCCAGAAGGUUCAUGUGGGUCCCCUUUAUCCAGUGCUGUUAAACACUCUGGUAGAUUAAAUCAGGGACUGCUUCUACAGGAAGAAAAAAAGAAACAGCAAGGAAAGAUAUUCUUGAGUCCCCAGUCAGGCAGCCUUUCCAGUAAAUACAUGACUCAGGGAAAAUCUUCACAGAAGAGGCCCCAUCAAGAUUCAUGAGAGACUGAAGCAAUCUUUUAAAGUUGCAAUACAGGAUGUCCAUUUACUUAAGAAAUGUUUAUUUUUGUUUAUAGUCUCCAGGUUCACAAAACAGCAGCAUAAGCAGUCUUCAACUUAAGUUUAAGGAGAACACAUUUUAUUUUAAUUAAAUUGCUUAAGAGGAAAAAGCAGUGCAUUUUAAUGUUUGUUCUUACUAUGAAUUUCCCUGUUCAUAAUAAGGUUGAGUAUUUUAAUAGAAAACCAUGAUGUCUGUAUUUACUAGGUAAAACAUGUAGAUCAGGGAAUUCUCCAAUCCAAACCACUUCAAAGUGUUUUCUAUAGUCACUCUGAAUGUUUGAGUGCACUUAAUGGUGUGCAAGCCAAAUAUAGCGUCACCUUCAAAAUAUUAUUUUUGAAGGAUAAAAGGGGUAUUUAUUAAUGAUGAACAUUUACUGAUUUCUUGUGUUAAGUGUCUGAAAUGUUUUUGGACUGCUACUGCCAUAAUUUAGAUAUAUUUUAAUCUAUGGGGAACUAAACAUUGACAUUAAGUAAACUUUUAUGUAAAAUCUCUGUGGAAAACCAGUGCCAUUGAGUUCUUUCUUCUGUUGUUUUAUGAUAAUUGAUAUGCUGCUGUCCUUGUGCACAAAAAAGACUG